AUGGGUUUUGGGUCGUUGGGCAUGGAUCUUAAUUGGAUCGGAUACUUUGUUGGGUCGUCUGGGUUUUUGGGGUUUUUGGAUGAUCAGUUUACUGAAUUGAAGAAGCUUCAAGAUGAUGGAAGUCCUGAUUUUGUAGCUGAGGUUCUGUCUCUUUUCUUUGAAGAUUGUGUUAAGCUUAUCAGUAACAUGGCUCGAGCUUUGGAUAAGUCGACGGGAACUGUAGAUUUUGGUCAGAUGAAGCUCUUCUCUUGUACUCUUGUUUUCGAUACAGUGUUGGUGCGAAGAGGGUCAAAGCUUUGUGUGUUAGCUUCAAGGAAUAUUGCGAAGCUCAGAAUUACGAAGGGUAAGCUUGUUCAACACCGCUUAAGGACUCAUCGGUUGAGAUGUUUGCAGCAAGUGGAUAUUGAGUAUAAGACCUUGACGACAAAGCUUCAAGAUAUGUUCAAUCUUGAGAAACAAAUCAUUCAAGCUGGUGGUAGAGUUCCUCAAGUGGAUAUUAACUAA